AUGAUUUCUGGUUGUAAUAAAGAUAUAAAAAUAUGGGAUUUUAAAGAUGGAUAGAUUUAAGAAAUUUAAAAAUUAUAAGAACACAAAUAAAAAGUUAGUUGUUUACUAUUUAGUAAAAUAUAAAAUAGUUUCAUUUCUGGAUCUGAUGAUAAUGAAAUCAGAUGUUGGAAACAAGUAAAUUAAUAAGAAUGGAAAAGUUAAUAAUCAUAUUAAGAACAUACUAACAGGAUUUUCUGUUUAUUAUUAUGUAAAAAUGAAAGUAUAUUAUUUUCUGGAAGUAAAGAUAAAUCAAUUAAAAUAUGGUAAGUUGAUUUUAAUAAUAAUAAUCUGAAUUAUUCUUAUUCUUUAAUGAAACAUACUGAUAAUGUUUAUGGAUUAUCAUUAAAUGAAUCAGAGACUUUCUUAGUUUCUUGUGGUUUAGAUUAAUAAAUAAUAACUUGGAAGAAAUCAAAAGAAAAUAUUUGGGAGUUUUAUUAAAUUGUUAAAUAAUCAAUAAAUGAACUAGGAUAAACUAUCUAUUUUAUUAAAGAGAAUCAAUUUAUUUGGAUAGGUGGAAGUCUAAAUGGAAAAGAUUGUCUAAGUUAUUUUGAAUUAAUUAAUGGAGAUUUUGUAGAAUAAAAAGAAAAAGAAUAACAGUUAAUAGUAUCAUCUGAAUUGAAUUAUAAUUUAUUUCCAAUUGUUUUUAACAAAGAAAAGGAGAUUAUUUUAUUAAGACAUAAAUAUGAUGUUUAUUUCUUAACUAAAUAAAAUCAUGGUCGAUAUUGA